UCCCAAGAGGAGAAGCCAAUCCCCGAGAGAAACGAAGCAGAAAACGAUGCCGGAACACAGUCCGGCUCCGACUCCUCAUAGGGCCAUCUAUGGAUUCGCCUUCUAUAUGCUGUUCACCGUCCUGUUCUUCGUCUACGUGGCUUGGGCCCUGCUGCCUUUGGAAUUUGGCCUGCAUUCCUAUCUGCCCGAUAAAUAUUUCGCUGUAUUUGUGCCCUUUUUGGUGCUGGUCUUCGCCUGGUUCUUUGCCUUCCUCAUCUACCCAGCUAUUAAUCUCUCCAUGACCGUGGAUGUGGAUUCCAUAGCCUCUAUAGUCGAUCCCAAAUUGGUUUUGCCUAAGGGCACUGAGUUCACCUCCUGGUCGCAGUUGCAGGGAGGCAGGAAAAACCAGGAUAGCACCUCUAAAAAGUCCUCUCCAGUCCAUUGCAACCUUUGCAGGACCUUCCAUCAACCGGUGACAAGGGAACCCAUAGCACCACUGCGUUUUCUGGACCUCCAGGAAGUAAAUACAGCGUAUUACAAUUAAAUAACUAA